CUACCACACCGAAUACCGAGACAAGCACUGCAGAAUGCCAUAAUCAGGAGUAGCCAUUGUCACCCAGCCCAAUAGCCCACAAGCACAACCCCCCCAGCACAACACCUCAUAAAGCAAAACUAUGCAUUCGGCCUCGCCACGCGGAGAAUAUAGCUGCAUAUCGACGGGCGUACGAACAAAACCAGGGCAGGAAACCUGCCCGACCCUUCAUGCAGUAAAACCAAGACAAGACAAGACACCACCACUCCCAUCUCCACCGACGCAACACAAGCAAGCCACAGCCCCUGCAGCGCACGAUGAAGAAGAAGAAGAAGAAGAAGAACGCUCUCCGCACAGGAAACCGCCCGCAGCCACGCCACCACCACGUCCCACCAACGUCUUGUGCGCCGCCCUGAAACCCACCAUCCUCAUCUGCCGCCCUCGCUGCUUUCAGCUGUGCCACCAUACACUGCACCAAUUAACACCAACCAGAACUGCCAUCACCAGCAGCAGCAGCAGCAGCAUAGCGAGCACACCAACCGCCAGCCCCUCGAUCCCAAACAAGCUCGCCACGCACGCAGCGUCGCACAGCAGGCCGACACCUGUACGACAUGGCAUGCGCAUCUAGCUGCAGUGUCUGCAGACGCUGCAGGUGCUGCAGAAGGGAAAAACCAGGGCCGCAACGGAACCUCUUGGCGCCGAUAUGCGCGGGCUAGAACUGUGCGUGCAUGCGUGCGUGCGUAACUGCUGUGUCGGACGGCGCGGGUUAUAGCUCUGUCGGCGAGC